UAAAACCCUGAUCAAACCUUUAACGUAUUAUUGGAGGAUUCUAGCUUUGGAUUGUAGCUUUGUUUCUUUGAUUGUAGCUGCUUUGAUCGUUCUUUAUUAUGCCGAAAUCAUUCAGUCUUGAGAAAGUCAAUGUUUCCAACCCCAAGGUAUGGAUCGUAGUCGGCGUCACCAUCGCUGGAAUAGUCAUCCUUGCCGAGACCCGACGCCGGCGACUCAUAGCUCGGCACUUAAACAGAGAAGAUUUCGCUGCCUUCAUCGACAGAUUCCAGCUAUUACCCUUCUCCCAGCCUCCGCCUCCGGCUGCUCGGCUGCCACUCUCCGGCUUAACAUUUGCCAUUUCGGACAAUAUUGAGGUGAAAGACCAUUUCACAGGGUUUGGAAACCCUGAUUGGAAGAAGACGCAUGAAGUUGCACUUAAGACUGCGGUGGUGGUGACAGCCUUGUUGAAGAAUGGAGCUACUUGUGUUGGGAAGACUGUUAUGGCUGAAUUGGGUUAUGGGAUUACAGGUGAGAAUGUGCAUUAUGGAUCACCAAUUAACCCACAAUCGCCUUCUCACGUUCCUGGGGGAUCAUCUAGCGGUUCAUCUGUGGCGGUUUCAUCUGAACUUGUGGAUUUUUCUCUUGGUUCUGACACAAUUGGUUGUGUGAGAGUACCAGCUUCAUUUUGUGGAAUUCUUGGAUAUCGUCCAUCCCAUGGAACUAUAUCUUCUUUAGGAAUCUUGCCAAAUGCACAAAGUUUAGACACAAUUGGAUGGUUUGCCAGAAAUCCAUCUGUUCUGCAUCAUGUUGGCCAUGUUCUACUGCAACUGAACCAGUUGGAAUCUAGAAGAACUAGACGCUUUAUUGUAGCUGAUGAUCUUUUCCAGCUUACCAAGAUUCCUACGCAGAGGACUGUACAUAUUAUUAGCAAAGUAACUGAAAAAUUAUCCGGCUAUCAGUUACCCAUACAUAAAAAUUUUGAACAAUAUAUUGCUGCCAAUGUACCCAGCCUGAAUGGAUUCUGUGAACGAGCGAACAGCCUACAAGUUGGAAUUUCAACCCUGAAAGCUCUUUCUUCUGUGAUGAUUCUUCUACAUAGAUAUGAAUUCCAGGCAAAUCACGAGGAAUGGAUUAAGUCACAUAAACCCAAAAUGGGGCAAGAUUUAUCUGCUCUUGCAGCAACUACAAUUGCCGAUGACAUUAAGAUAUUGUACAAAGUAAGAACUGAAAUGCGUGUGGCGCUGAAGGGUCUUUUAAAGGAUGAUGGUAUAUUGGUGAUCCCAACAGUUCUUGAUCAUCCAUUGAAACUUAAAUCAAAGAAGGGGCUUUUAACCGACUUUCAAGACAGAGCUUUUGCUCUAUCGAGCAUUGCGAGUAUGUCAGGCUGCUGUCAGGUUACAGUUCCACUGGGAAAAUAUGAAGACUUUCCAAUCUCUGUUUCUCUUGUUGCACAACAUGGAGCAGAUAAAUUUCUCCUUGAUACUGUUUUAGACAUGUACUCAUCACUUCAGGAACAAGUCGCCUUUGUUUCCAAGUCCCUGCCUUUGCCUGAUACCAAUGGAAACAUGGAAACUUCAGAGCUUUUGAAAGAAAAGGGUAAUGCUGCAUUCAAGGGAAAACAGUGGAAUAAAGCUGUCAGUUACUACUCAGAAGCUAUAAACCUGACUGAAAAUGCAACUUACUUUUGCAAUCGGGCAGCUGCUUUCUUGGAAUUAGGAUGCUUCCAGGAAGCUGAAGUAGACUGCAACAAGGCAAUAUUGCUUGACAAGAAGAAUGUGAAGGCAUAUUUAAGGCGAGGAACUGCUAGAGAGUCACUUCUGUUUUAUAAGGAGGCUCUUAAAGAUUUUAAGCAUGCUAUUGUCUUGGAACCGCAGAACAAAGUUGCCAAGCUAGCUGAGAAAAGGUUACAAAAACUGACAAGCUGAUUUCCGAUGAUCCUUUCUUCGUGGAUUGCUCAAUUUUUGCCAAAAAGUUAGUGGUCCUUUUGAAUGCUGUAAAUUAAAUUAUACCUAUCAUGAAACAAACUUUGACCUUGAGAAAAGAUCAAUCUCUUCUCUUUAGGCUACUACCCAUCAAAUGUGGGUUUCAUUU